UGUGAGGAUAGAGGUGGUGGAGGAGGUGGGCGAGGUGGGGACCGCGGGCGGCUCACGAAGGCCUCAGCCCCCGCCCCGCCGUGAGCCGGUCCUACCGUGACGCCGCGGCGAGGCGCGCAGGCGCAGCAGCACCCGGCGCCUGUUGUAUCCGGCCGGUGCCUUUUCUCUCUUCCCCCUCCUCCGCCUCCCUCUCCCCCUCCGCCCGUCCCUCCCUCCCUUCCUCCCUCCCUCCUUCCUCCCUCCCCUCCCUCCCGCCCUCCCAGAGCCGCCGCGGUCGGUGCCGCCGCCACCGCCCGCUGCUGUGCGCGCCCUCCCGCCCCCGUGCGCCCGGCCGGCAGCGCCUCCGAUCUGCCCGGCCGCUCCAUGAGGCGAUGGCGGCGGCCAACUUCGGCAAGAUCCAGAUCGGGAUCUACGUGGAGAUUAAGCGCAGCGAUGGCCGAAUUCACCAAGCUAUGGUAACAUCCCUAAAUGAAGAUAAUGAAAGCGUAACUGUUGAAUGGAUUGAAAAUGGAGAUACUAAAGGCAAAGAGAUUGACUUGGAGAGCAUAUUUUCACUUAAUCCAGAUCUUGCUCCUGAUGAAGAUAUUGAACCAAGUCCGGAGACACCACCACCACCUACUCCAUCAGCCAAAGUAAACAAAAUCGUGAAGAGUCGACGAACUGUGGCAGCUGUUAAGAAUGACACCCCUGCCAGAGAUAAUAGAGUGGUUGGUUCUGCCCGUGCGCGACCUACUCAGCUUCCCGAGCAGUCUUCCUCUUCUCAACAGAAUGGUAGUGUUUCAGAUAUAUCUCCAGUUCAAGCUGCAAAAAAGGAAUUUGGACCCCCUUCACGUAGAAAAUCUAAUUGCGUAAAAGAGGUUGAAAAAUUGCAAGAGAAACGUGAAAAAAGAAGGUUACAGCAGCAGGAACUUAGAGAAAAAAGAGCUCAGGAUGUUGAUGCUACAAACCCAAAUUAUGAAAUUAUGUGUAUGAUAAGAGAUUUCAGGGGAAGUUUGGAUUAUAGACCACUGACAACUGCAGAUCCUAUUGAUGAGCACAGGAUAUGUGUUUGUGUACGAAAACGACCACUCAAUAAAAAAGAAACUUUAAUGAAAGACCUUGAUGUAAUAACAAUUCCUAGUAAAGAUGUUGUGAUGGUACAUGAGCCAAAACAAAAGGUGGAUUUAACAAGGUACCUAGAAAACCAAACUUUUCGUUUUGAUUAUGCCUUUGAUGACACGGCUCCUAAUGAAAUGGUUUACAGGUUUACAGCUCGACCAUUAGUGGAGACCAUAUUUGAAAGGGGAAUGGCCACUUGUUUUGCAUAUGGGCAAACAGGCAGUGGAAAAACCCAUACUAUGGGGGGUGACUUUUCAGGAAAGAACCAAGAUUGUUCGAAAGGAAUAUAUGCACUUGCAGCUCGAGAUGUCUUUUUAAUGCUAAAGAAGCCAAACUAUAAGAAGUUAGAACUUCAAGUAUAUGCAACAUUUUUUGAGAUCUACAGUGGCAAGGUUUUUGACUUGUUGAACAGGAAGACAAAAUUAAGAGUGUUAGAAGAUGGUAAACAGCAAGUCCAGGUGGUGGGAUUACAGGAACGGGAAGUCAAAUGUGUUGAAGAUGUUCUUAAGCUUAUUGAAAUAGGCAACAGCUGCAGGACAUCUGGCCAGACAUCUGCAAAUGCACACUCAUCUCGAAGCCAUGCAGUGUUUCAAAUUAUUCUCAGAAGGAAAGGGAAGUUGCAUGGUAAAUUUUCUCUGAUUGAUUUGGCUGGCAACGAAAGAGGAGCAGAUACUUCCAGUGCAGAUAGGCAGACACGACUGGAAGGUGCAGAAAUUAACAAGAGCCUUUUAGCACUCAAGGAGUGCAUUAGAGCCUUAGGCCGAAACAAACCUCAUACACCCUUCAGAGCAAGUAAACUUACUCAGGUGCUACGAGAUUCAUUCAUAGGAGAAAACUCCCGUACCUGUAUGAUCGCUACAAUUUCUCCAGGGAUGGCAUCCUGUGAAAACACCCUGAAUACGUUGAGAUAUGCAAAUAGAGUAAAGGAAUUUGGAAUUAGUCCUUCGGACAUUCCCUUCUCACAGGGUAGUGGCAGUCGCUCUGAUCUCUCUCCUUCCUAUGAGUAUGACGACUUUUCUCCUUCAGUCACCAGGGUGAAGGAGCUGACAGUUGAUCCUAGUGCCGCAGGAGAUAUCCGUCCCAUUAUACACCAUGCUCCCAAUCAGAUCGAUGACUUGGAGACACAGUGGGGUGUGGGGAGCUCUCCUCAGAGAGAUGAUCUCAAACUGCUUUGUGAACAAAACGAAGAGGAAGUUUCUCCGCAGUUGUUUACUUUCCAUGAAGCUGUGUCACAAAUGGUAGAAAUGGAAGAGCAAGUAGUAGAAGACCACAGGGCUGUCUUCCAGGAAUCUAUUAGAUGGCUGGAAGAUGAAAAAGCUCUUCUUGAGAUGACAGAAGAAGUAGACUACGAUGUGGAUUCUUACGCUACCCAACUGGAAGCAAUUCUAGAGCAAAAAAUUGAUAUUCUGACUGAACUCAGAGAUAAAGUGAAAUCUUUCCGGGCAGCUCUACAAGAGGAGGAACAGGCCAGUAAACAGAUCAACCCGAAAAGACCCCGCGCCCUUUGAAACGGGCCUUUGCUGCUAAAGGAAUCCACGAACCCAUACUGCUGUAGCACACUCUUGUUACAAAACCCAGUGGCCGUAAGAACUCAACUACUUGAAAGUGUAAAAACAUUAGAAAUGUCUGUGGAAAUGUCCUGUUUCUUAUUCACCUGAAUGACAUUUUCAGUUUUGUGUGAAAUGCUCCUAUGAUGUCUACAAAAUGCUUCUAGACCAGACAGCACAACCAUGCAGGGUUCAGAUCUGUGAAGCACUUUGUUUAAAAUAUUUCAUUUAUUCAAAUUGUGAAUUUCAUGUUUGGAAACAUUUGCCAUGUUUUUGAUAAUGAAGUAAAACUGUGGCCAUUAACAAGUCGCAGUAUUUCCUUUUGACUAUGUUCAGUUUUGUUACAAAGACCAGCUGUGCAGUUUUAAAUUGUGUUUGCGUGCAUGCCCACCUCACGAGUGGUUGUACAUAACUUCUCUUCUACAGACAGCUGUGCUUACCUCUUCCCGUUGUGCCUUGAUGAAGGCUACUUGACCCUAAACGUCCUCUUUCUGAAGCACAGCUUAAGAAACAACAUUCCUUAUUUGUCAAUAUAAAUUACUUUUAGUGUGUGUACAUUUGUAGUGUGUUUCUAGACUUUUUUUUUUUUUUGGUGGCUACUUUCAUUUCACAGAAUGUGCCAUAUCAUUUGGGCAGGAACUGCAAGAGCUGUUAGAGUGAACAAACAGCUGGACAUUCCAUCCUCCUUGUAAAAAAUCUGGAAUCUAGACUUAUCUGAAUACCAUAAAGAAUGGGUAUAUGAUUCUAACAUUUCCUCUGUAAUUAAAAAAAAAAAAAAAAAAAAAAAAGAAAAAAUAUAAAUUAGUUGAUGUAUAAUAAAGGGUAAUGUUUAAGUACUGAGGAGAGUUGUAUCUUAGCGUAAUGCAGAUAUACAGUAUGUGGUAUGGUGUGAUAAUGCUGUCAGAUUAAAGGUACUAUCUGGCCUCUGUGUAUGGUUAGCUGUUUAAAAUAUGGGGAUCCAGCUAAACACAUACAUGUUGGCCUUUCACAUACUGUUAAAAUUUGCCUUUUGAUGCAUGACAAACUUACAUGUCCAUUAACCGUAGUUUGCAGGUAGUUUGAGUAGCUCUGUUGCUUUAAAAAGAAGUAGCUAAUAUCCAUUUUUCCCUUUGUGCAGUGCCAGCAGCUGAAAAGUGGGGGGAAAUUGCAUCGUUUCAGGCUUUGGCACAAUACCUCUACAUAGCGCUAAUAGAAAUCCCACAAGUACCUGACUUCUCACAAAUGGCGCCAUGUGUAUCAGCACUUUUUGGGUGGUGGCACUCAAGUUAUUUUUGCAAGUCAGUAUCCAAAAAAGAUUGACCUUUCAUAUAAGAACUUCUUGUCAAAGAAAGAACUGUAGACCUCUCUAGGAGUUCUCCCUGUUUCCAGGAGUUUUCAUCAGCAGACUUUCCCUUGGAACUGUUUAAAAAUGACUUUUGGAAUACAAGCCUGUUUGUUUGUGCCAGGCCUGAAGAGAAACAAAGGGAAGGCAAUGAAAAGAGAGUUAAAUAAACUGGGGAUUCUUGUAGUGUUUAAUGUUUGUAUCUCCCAUAGAAAGGUAGACUACGGGAAGAUCUUGUCGCAUCAUGGUUAAAAAUAAAAAAAAUCCUGUGUGUAAACAUGAAAACUGAAACAACAAUGUAGAUUUUACAUAAUGUGUUUAAUAAAUAAAGCUAUUAAAUGAA